UCAGUCAUGUGAUCAGCUGUGUCCAAUCACAGCUGAUCACUGAUGAUCAGUGUGGCCCCAGAAGUGCCACCUGUCAGUGCCACAUCAAUGCCACAUAGUGCAUACCAGUGCACAUCAAUGCCACAUAUCAGUGCCCAUCUGAGCUGCCUUUCAAUGUCACCCAUCAGUUACAGUCAGUGCCACCUAUCAAUGCCAAUCAGUGCCACCUGUCAGGGCUGCCAAUCAGUGCCACCUAUCAGUGCCAGUCAGUGCUGCCUAUCA